AUGGCGUGCUGUCAAAGUAUAAGCAAAGGUUAUGUCUUCACUACCAAUAUCCUAUCAGCCUUUUUUGGUUGUGGGUUGGUUGCCUUUGGGAUGAUGGGGAUCCAACACAGAUUCGAUGGUUCACUCCUGUUUCCUGUGAACAUCCUCAAAAUGAUCAAUAUUCUCGGUAUCAUACUAGUGUUUGCAGCAGCAAUUGGUAUAUUUGGAGCAUUUUAUCCUAACCGACAGACACUCCACAUCUUGUACACAACCAUUGUUCUUAUUGCAUUUAUCUAUCAACUUGCCACUGCUGCAAUUGUUUAUGACCAAGCUGUCCAUAUAGAAAGUUGGCUAAGUCAAGUCUGGGCAGAUUCAUCGAGAGACUAUAGAUUGUAUGCUCAACACAAGUUCUUAUGCUGCGGAUUUGCUCAUGUCUUUGAUCAUCCUGUGAUUACAGAGACCUGCAGUCUCAGCAGCAUCAUUAAUUCCAGUCCACCUUGUUACGGCCCAGCGAUCUACUUUAUUCGCAAACAGCUAUCAGCUGUCUACAUCCUUCUUUUUGCUGCCCUUAGUAUUGAACUCUUGGCUCUUUCGAAUGCCGUCACUCUCAUGUGCAACCGUCAAAUGAAUGACCCCGACGACGAAGAACUUGACCCGGCUCCUUCACAACGUCCCCGAUUGUUUGGUCCUAAACAAUCCACAGCUGUUAAUCGUGCAUCAGUUUCUGAAAUUGCCCUCGGAUACAUCCCCAAAAACACACUGCGCCAGUCGAAUCCUGAAUGGAAGUAUGCAAGGGGAGGGUCAUCUCCGACAUUAGCCGAUUCUGCUAUUUCUGAAUCGUCAUUUAAAGAACCCUCUACACCAAACACAAUCCACAAACCGGACGAGAUUCUUCAUCCAAGACAGUAUUAG